AUGACUAACAAAAUACAAUUACCAAUUCGUGGCAUCUUUGAUAUUAGGAAAAAAGACGGCCCGGCACAUAUUCGUAUAGUAAUGCUCAAUUUAAAAGUUAAAGAAACACAUACAAUAUCUAUAAAAUAUGAGCAAACGCAAACGACAGAUAAUAAAUUGAUAAAUCAAUACAUGUUGAUAAAAGAAUUGGGUAGAGGUGUGCAUGGGAAGGUAAAGUUGGGAAAAGACUUGGAAACUGGAGAAUUGGUUGCUAUUAAAAUUGUUGAAAGAAUUACACGAAGACGUUUAGGUCAACAUAAUAACGAUUUAACCAAUGAACAAAAAAUCAGAAGAGAAAUUUCCAUAUUAAAAAAGUGCAUUCAUCCUCAUGUCGUUAGAUUGAAAGAAGUUAUAGAUGACCCAACGAGUAAAAAGAUUUAUAUGGUAAUUGAGUAUAUGGAAGGCGGAGAAAUAAAAUGGAAAGAUGAAAAUGAUAACCCUCUUAUGACUAUAAAUGAGGCAAGACAAACUUUUAGAGAUGUAGUGUUGGGUUUGGAAUAUCCAAAUUUGUUACUUACAGCUGAUCAUGUAGUGAAGAUUUCUGAUUUUGGUGUAUCUCACUUCAAUGAUACAGAUUUAGCAAAAACUGCUGGAAGUCCUGCUUUUUUUGCUCCAGAGUUAUGCUGUACUGAUAAAAGCCGUCCUCCGAUAACCAAAGCCAUCGAUGUCUGGGCACUUGGCGUGACACUAUAUUGUUUUAUUUUUGGAAAAUGCCCUUUUAUAGCUGACACAGAAUUUGAAUUGUUUUUUCGUGUCAUACCACAUCAACCAUUGCAAUUUCCUGAAAAUAUUUCGAUCUCCGCCGAUCUUAAAGAUUUGCUAAAGAGUUUGUUGGAAAAAGAUCCUUUGAAAAGAAUUACACUAGAUGAAGUCAAGAAACAUCCAUGGGUUACUGCUGAUAUACCCGAUCCAGAAAAAUGGCGUGAAGAAACUGAUACUAGGAAAUACCAAUUGUCACGCAGUACGAGCCUUACCCAAAUCCCUACGGCUGUGAUUGUUGAUCGAGUCAGAUAA